UCACAGACACACUGGAUACGAGUCUCGCCCCUCCCCCGUAUCUGUUCCCUCGCCCUGCUCUCCAGGGGAUCUGAUAGGCCCACCGAGGCGCAACCCUGAGCCGACAGCCGGACGAUUGUGGCUUUCAUUUUGGUCCAUGCGUUCUUGAGAAGAUGAUCAAGAUGACAUAACAUGCACAGUCCUCCACCGAUGUCAAAGUCUGAUGGAUACGCUACUUUCUCAGCGACCACGGAUCCCCCCCCCUCCAACGCCUUUAGUACUAACACCCGUCGCUUUCGCAUCCCCUUGGUAACAGAGCCAGGGUACCUAUCCAUCUUGACUUCAACUGACUGUUGCGAUCCACUAGCCCCCGUCCAGCCACCUUCGCAUAGCCAAUAUACCCUUCCGUUUUCAACCAGAAGCGCUGUGUCCUCGUUUGCGCUUGAAAUUCUCUCCCGUCGCAUGGGUCGGGUGUUAAUUGACACCUAUCGCAGCGUCACUCUGCGACAAUUAAAGCCGGCUAGUAUAGGUGUCCACCCCAUACAACAAGAGGUAAGGCUUAGGGGACUCACCAGGGAAACCAUGUGCAACCCCAUCUCCGAUUGUGGAGUCGUACCCUGGCGGCAGUCCCAAGCGAGUUCUACAUGUUUUGCGACCCCGGAUCAAGAAGAGAUGACGAAAUGCAAGGUCUUACUUACUAUACUCUUUAGGGGGGGGGAAGGAAGGGGAUCAGACUCAGCAAGUCGCCCAGAACCCUUUUCGGAUAGCGACAGGAAAAGCGCACUGACCUCAGCUGCGAUGUUCGCUUACUCUGAACAGUAAUGGGCCCAUUCAGAAUGCUUUGCCUAGCCAAGCCAGCUCUGAAUCACUGGCCAAUGGGAACAGACUUGAUGUCUGCCAUCUACUAAUCAUCUUGAUCCUGGUACAGAAGGGUGUCGGUGGGGCCCGCAUAGGGUCCACGAGGCUUUUGCACAAUACAGCAACUGGGCGGAUGUGGCGUAGAACUAUACGCAGGAGGUUGAACGGGAGGGAAAGGUGAUCUCUAUCACUGGCUAGAAAGGAGAAAGUUGUCUAUCAGGAAUGAAUUGCCAU